UUGCAAACGACUAAACGGUCACACUGAAUCCCCCUUCGAUUCUCCAAAAACAGCGAGCAGAAAAGAAUUUGCAAAGUGUUCUGAGCGCAGCAACAACAACGAGAGCCACAAAUCAGCGGAGAACAGGAGCAUGAGUAUGGCCACCAGCGGUAUUGUCGAGUCAUUUCCCACGGGCGCCCUGGUGCCCAAGGCCGAGACGGGGGUGCUGAACUUCCUGCAAAAGUAUCCGGACUACGAUGGCCGCGACGUCACCAUAGCCAUCUUCGACUCCGGUGUGGAUCCUCGUGCAACGGGACUUGAGACGCUCUGCGAUGGCAAGACGGUGAAGGUGAUCGAGCGCUACGACUGCUCCGGUUGCGGCGACGUCGACAUGAAGAAGAAGGUGACGCCCGACGAGAACGGCAACGUAAAGGGACUUUCCGGCAACACGCUCAAACUCAGUCAGGAGUUGUUGUCCUUAAACACGGAUCCCGAAAAGACUGUCCGCGUGGGCCUUAAGAGCUUCAGCGAUCUGGUGCCCAGUAAAGUGAGGAACAAUAUCGUUGCCCAGGCGAAGUUGAAGAACUGGGACAAGCCCCACAAGACAGCCACCGCGAACGUCAAUCGCAAGAUUGUCGAUUUUGAGUCACAAAACCCAGGGGAAGCCUCGAAGCUGCCCUGGGACAAAAAGAUCGUAAAGGAGAACCUAGACUUUGAACUAGAGAUGCUCAACAGCUAUGAGAAGAUGUACGGCGACAUUAAGACCUCCUACGACUGCCUCCUUUUUCCCACGGCCAACGGCUGGCUGACGAUCAUCGAUACCACGGAGAAGGGCGAUCUGGAGCAGGCCCUGCGCAUCGGCGAGUACUCGCUCACGCACGAGACCCGCAAUGUGGACGACUUCCUGUCCAUAUCCGUGAACGUGCACGACGAGGGCAAUGUGCUGGAGGUGGUGGGCAUGUGCUCGCCCCACGGUACCCACGUUGCCUCCAUUGCCAGUGGUAAUCACAGCUCACGGGACGUUGACGGAGUAGCUCCCAAUGCCAAGAUCGUAUCGAUGAGCAUCGGAGAUGGGCGUUUGGGGUCCAUGGAGACCGGUACCUCCUUGGUGCGGGCCAUGACCAAGGUGAUGGAGCUGUGCCGCGACGGCAGGACCAUCGACGUGAUCAACAUGAGCUACGGCGAGCAUGCCAACUGGUCGAAUUCCGGCCGGAUUGGGGAGCUGAUGAACGAGGUAGUCAACAAGUACGGCGUUGUUUGGGUAGCCUCGGCCGGCAACCACGGUCCUGCUCUCUGCACCGUGGGCACUCCGCCGGACAUCAGUCAGCCCAGUUUGAUUGGAGUGGGUGCCUACGUGUCCCCCCAGAUGAUGGAGGCCGAGUAUGCGAUGCGAGAGAAGCUGCCCGGCAACGUCUACACCUGGACGUCGCGGGAUCCCUGCAUAGACGGCGGCCAGGGCGUGACAGUGUGCGCUCCAGGCGGAGCCAUUGCGUCCGUUCCGCAAUUCACCAUGGCCAAGUCACAGCUGAUGAAUGGCACAAGCAUGGCCGCACCCCAUGUGGCCGGCGCCGUGGCGCUGCUCAUCUCCGGGCUGAAGCAGCAGAAUAUCGAGUAUUCGCCGUACAGUAUUAAGCGAGCGCUCGGCGCCACAGCCACCAAGUUGGGCUACGUGGAUCCCUUUGCCCAGGGCCAUGGACUGUUGAAUGUAGAGAAGGCCUUCGACCACCUGACGGAGCACAAGCAGUCAAAGGACAAUAUGCUAAGGUUCUCAGUGCGCGUGGGCAACAACCAGGCUAAGGGCAUCCACCUGCGCCAGGGCGUUCAGCGGAAGUUCGUCGAUUACAAUGUCAACAUUGAGCCGGUCUUUUUGAACGACAAGGAGGCGGACCCCAAGGAAAAGUUUAACUUCAAUGUGCGCCUGAAUCUGAUAGCCUCGCAGACCUGGGUGCAGUGCGGAGCCUUCCUGGAUCUCAGCUACGGCACCCGUUCCAUUGCGGUGCGCGUGGAUCCAACUGGCCUGCAGCCGGGCGUGCACAGCGCCGUAAUUCAGGCCUUUGACACGGACUGCGUGCAGAAGGGAUCUCUCUUUGAGAUUCCCAUUACUGUGGUCCAGCCGCAUGUCCUGGAGUCGGAGCAGAACACUCCCAUCUUCGAGCCCGCUUCCAAGACCGUGGAGUUUCAGCCGAACACCAUCCAGAGGGACUUUAUUCUCGUGCCAGAGCGUGCCACUUGGGCGGAGCUGCGCAUGCGUGUCACCGAUCCCAAUCGCGGCAAGGACGUGGGCAAGUUCUUCGUGCACACGAACCAGCUGCUGCCCAAGCAGUCCUGCCUCAAGCUGGAGACCAUGAAGAUCGUGCCUGUGGGCUCGGAGCACGAGUUCACCACGGUUUUCAAGGUUAAGGGUGGCAAGAUUCUGGAGCUGUGCAUUGCGAAGUACUGGUCCAACUUUGGGCAAAGUCACCUGAAGUACAGCCUGGUGUUUCGCGGCCUUGAGGCCCACAAUCCAAAUGCCUAUGUCAUGCAUGCGGCUAGUGGCAUUCACAAACUGGAAAUCGAGGCCUUGGUGUCGGAGGACUUGCAGCCGCAGCUGCAGUUGAAGAACGCCGUCGUGGUGCUGAAGCCAAGCGAGGCCAAGAUCUCGCCGCUGAGCGCCACCCGGGACGUGAUACCAGACGGACGCCAGGUGUACCAGAACCUGUUGGUCUACAACCUGAACGUGGCCAAGCCGGCCGAGGUGUCCUUGUAUGCCCCGAUCUUCACUGACUUACUCUACGAGUCAGAGUUCGAGUCGCAGAUGUGGAUGCUGCACGAUGCGAACAAGGCCCUUGUGGCCACCGGCGAUGCCCAUUCCCGCAACUUCUACACGAAGCUCGACAAGGGCGACUACACCAUUCGCCUGCAGGUGCGCCACGAGAAGCGCGAUCUGCUGGAGAAGAUCUCGGAAGCCAAUAUGGUAGCCUCCUACAAGCUGGCCAAUGUGCUCAGCCUCGACUUCCACGAGAACUACAACCAGUGCAUUGUGGGUGGGCGUAAGUUUGUCUCUGCACCUAUGAGAGGCGCCACCCGUGUGCUCUACAUUGCCCCCAUUGCCCAGGAGCGGCUCACAAAGGCCAAUCUGCCUGCCCAGUGCUCCUGUCUGAGCGGCAACCUAAUCUUUCCCCAGGACGAGGCUGGUCGUCGUGUGGCCCUGCAUCCCUUCCACUAUAUCCUCAAUCCCGCCGAGAAGAAGACGUCCACGAAUGGCGCUAGCAACGGUUCCCCUCCGGCCGGCUCCACUGCAGCAGCUGCUGCCGCUGUCACUGCCAAUGGCACUAAGCCGAAGGCCACUCCCCAGGCGGCCACAUCUGUGGCUAAUCCAGCGGCCGGUGAUGGUGUCACUGUCCAGAACGAUGCCCCGGUGGAGAGCGGUGCCUGCCCUGCCUCGCCCAAGAAGGGCAAAACCAACGCCGACGAUUAUGCAGAGAGCUUGCGUGACUUCCAGUGCUCGCACAUCGUCAAGUGCGAACCCGAGAUGGCCGAGAAGAUCUACAACGAGGUGAUUGGCGCCCAUCCCAAGCACCUGCAGGCCCACUUGCUGCUCAUCCAGAGCAUUGAGACCACGCAGCUGAAGUCGCAGCUGCCGCUGACUUUUGCCAAUGCCCAAAAGUCGUCGCCAGAGGAGGCAGGAGAGGGUUCCGAUAAGCAGAAGGAGGAGCAAAAGAAGAUGCGCGGCGCCCUUGAGCGCAUUGUCAAGCUGGCCGAAAAGGUGAUCCAGGAGACCGAUUCCGAGGCGUUGCUUUCGUACUACGGCCUCAAGAACGAUACUCGGCCCGAUGCGGCCAAGAUUAAGACCACCAUGGACAAGCAAAAGAAUAAUCUCAUUGAGGCACUCAGCAAGAAGGGCAUUGCCCUGGCCAAGCUGGCAGUGUUGGAUGAUAACGUCAAGGAUCGUGUGGCCGACAUCAACGACCUGUACACGGAGGUCAUCAAGUUCGUCGACGCCACCGACUCCAAGGCCAUUCAAUUCGCCCUUUGGCACGCCUAUGCCCAUGCCCAUUACGGGCGCAUGUACAAGUGCGUGGUCAAGCUGAUCGAGGAGAAGCGCGCCCGCGAGCACUUCGAGGAGCUGGCCGCCAUCAACGCUGCCCUGGGUCACGAGCACAUCCGGGCGGUCAUCAAUCGCAUGAUGAUAACUGCUUUCCCCAGCAGCUUCCGUCUGUUCUAGACAUUAGCCGUUCGACAGUAGCCACAAUACUAAUUAUGCACGCUUCAAUGCGAUCAUUGUUUUUUAUAUAUACCGUACUCAAUAUGUAAAUGAAUAAAAGAUAUUAAUUGAAAA